UUGCAAAUGGCCAUCGGGUGAGAAAUGGCUCCAGUAUGUGUGAAGUAUUUUUCUAACUCAAAAUUCGGCGUUGAAUGAUUGUCGCGAUCGGCGAAAAACGUUUGCAAGUGCUACCGGAACCGUUCGUGCGUAAGUGGCUGGUGUUAUUCAGUGAAACUGUGCUGCGGAAAUAGUGAAAAUCACGCAUUUUAAUUUCGUUCCCAUCGCCCCCCCGAGAAAGAGAGCAGUGUUCACAAUUCCUUCGGUGCGUGCUCCGCUGCUGUUUCGUGCCCGUGUUCGUACCAAUACACAUACACACCGUUAGUUUUCGACAGCAGAAGAACUUUCGAUUUGGCAGCACUGAUAUUCGUACCACACCACACCAGUAUCAUUGCUGUCUCGCGCGGUGCGAAGGCGAUUUUUUCGCUGUCCGUUCGUUCACAGUGCUCUGCUCUUCUCAUGUCCCUAAAAUAGAAAUUUCAAUAUGUGAUGUAUAUUAGUAUUUAAAAACGGUAUAGUGAACCCGAAUAAAAAAAGGAAAGUUGAUUUCAUAUAUAGGAUAAAAGUGCGAAAAACUUACAUUACGGUGUUUUCAAGGAUAGGAAGUGCGGUACAGUCUGCCAAUCUAACGAGAGUGAACAUUGCAUUAAGGGAGAAGCCAGUGACGCAAGUGAAAAAAAACAUACGAAGAACGGGAAGCAGUCCACUUGACGACAACUAAUAUUCAGUAAUAUUGUGUAUUAUGCUUGGAUCCUUCGGCGAAAUUUGUGAAUUCUGCAAUGAAUAAGUGCAUAUAAACAGUGUUCUAAGUCAAAAGUGAUUUUUCUGAUAAAGCACAAAUACACCAAAACGAUCGUAAAGUUGCAUAAUUGAAUGAAUACGAGGGACAAUAAAACUGGUGUUCUUGUUUCUCGCCAUUGUCGUGUGGAUGCAAAACAUCACUCUCAAAUAUUCUGCUGAUGAAAACAAAAACAACAGUAAAAAUAGACGAGAAACACUGUCGACGAAAACAGUAAAACACUAUUCCUGAGCGACACUAUUGCAGCCACCCCUUGAGGCGAUAAAGGCAGUGGUGUUUGUGGUGGAACUUGGGAUAAGAGUUUCAUACGAUCGACACACCUCUACAGUCACGCUUACAAAACAUCGCACUCCAAUCCAGUUUGUAGUAUCAAAAUAGGCAAAAGGAUUGAAAUAGUUUCGUUCACACGCCAAGAGUAAUCAUAAUCAGAGUACAGCAAAUAACAGAAAAUGCAAAUCUUCAUCUCUAGUAUCGAAAAUCAUACAAAGAAAUUAGACGUAUUAGUAACGAUCCUUAAUAUUAAGAAAGUGGACAAAUACAUCAUUAGUACUGCUACUACUACCGCUACAGUGGAAUCUACUAUUACUCCUACUAUUUCUUCAACUAUUACAAAAACUACUCAAGAAUACACAAACAAGUCUGAAUACGCUUUUAAGAAAUCACUUAAUAGUCUGCUAAGUUCAAACAAAAACGGGACAAAUUUCAAGCAAGAGACACCAGUGAAAGCGAAUAAGACUUACCAGCUGCUCUCAUCCAUUGAACAGGAUCUACCACUGUUACUACAAUCGAUCGAUGAGUCUGAACAACAAUCAGGGAUUGUAUCUGAUAUUAUACUAAUCGUUAGUGGUAAAUCAAACUUUUGCAACAGUGUUGCAACAUCCAGCAUCGAUUGCAAAACAUCUGUAGUGUUCGAAAGAGGGCAGCGGCAUUUGGUUUGGUCUCCAGCUAAGCAAAAUUAUGCGCUGAUUGAGCAUUGGCCACAAGAAGCAUCAGGUGGCAACUUUACUGAAAUGGAAACCAGAAACGGGAAUUCGACACAUUUCAAUCAUCUGAUCAGAAGCAUGAUGAAUGAUAAUGACACUGUGAAUAUGAUAUGUGAUUCAAUUGAUUACCUGAUAACAGUAAAUACUAAUCAUAGCAUAGUGAUUGAUGGAUGUAGGAGCUUGAUCUGUAAUGACCAAAAUCUAGUUCUUAAGGAUAAAAAUGAUGUAGCCAUGGCAAACAAUGCAAACGAUGCUAAUACUUCCGAACAAGCCAAACGAACCUCGAAACUAGUAUCAACGUACAUUAAGUUUGAUGAUUUACUACGUAUGUCAGAAUGGGAGACACAUGUGAGCAGAGCAGGCACGAAGCCACGCAUGCGGCUUUGUGGCGGUGGAGAAGAUUCUAUUAACAACGGUACUAAUGCAUGGGGAGCACCAGGCACUAAUAAUCCAGGCAGCUCGUGGGGUAAUGUAAACCCACAACAACCUGGUGUGUGGGGUAAUAAUCAGCAAGUUGGAGGUCCAGCCUCAUCUGGUGCCAAUUUGAAACAACAACCGCCUCAACAACCCGGUUCUGCUGGAGCGGUAAGUGCACCAACUGGACUGUCUGCUGCGGAAAACGCUGAACCUAAUGCAUGGGCAGGAGGCAAUCCAGUGAAUCCCAACAGUACAAACGCACAAAAUCAACCUGCUAGUGUUAACAAUGCAUCCAACAAUAGUAACAGUGCCAAUUCGAUUCAAGGCCAGCAGCAACAGCAGACGUCCCAGCCACCACCAGGGGAAACACCAGCGGCUCAACCGAAUCCUAAAUUAGAGCGUUUGAAUACGAUGAUAGAAGCUCUUCAUGCUUUGGAUGGUUGGGGCUCUGAGAAUGUCAAUCAAGAUUCCCGGUGGGAUGUACCUGCAUCUCCAGAACCAGGAUCGAAACCCGAUCCAAAUAGCGCUACAAGUGGCCCUCAUGCUGGAAUUCCCAUGUGGAAAACAAAUACAGGAACAGAAAUUUGGGAAGCUAAUCUACGUAAUGGAGGACAGAUGCCUCAACAAGCACCUGUGCAGAAGACACCAUGGGGCCCUUCCAGCAAUAUUGGAGGAACAUGGGGAGAGGACGAUGACGCGAAUGAACCUGGAAGUGUUUGGAAUGGAGCUACCGGUAUGAAUCAACCUCCUGUUACUCCUCAGAGUGGACCAUCUCAACAGCCUCCAUGGAAUGCUGGUAAUAUGUGGGGCCCAGGUGGAGUUGCUCCUGGGGCUAUCAAAAAGGACAAUGAAUGGGGAGGAGCAGCUGGUGGUCCUGCUGGUGGAUGGGAUCAAAGAAAUCCUCCUCCAUUGGGCGCACCUAAUGCUAACGCCGGAAUGGAUCCCACAAAUGUUGAUUUGCGAAACAUGCGUAUUGCUGGUGCAAUGGACAGUAACCGAGAAAUUCGAGGUGAUCCUAGAGGUAUUUCAGGCCGAUUGAAUGGAAAUGUAAACCUUUGGGAACAACACCAACUACCUGGCAUGGCCCCGAACAAAAUUCCUCAAGUUACAACACCGAGUACGCCAACUACCGGUCCUCAGUGGCCAGCUGGGCAAAUCCCUGCUCAUAACAAAAUGCCAUCUGGUUGGGAUGAUUCGUCUACCCCAGGAGUGCGUAGAAAUGUCGACGACGGAACUGCGCUUUGGGGGCAAGGAAAUCUUAGUCGCCAGAAUUCUAACGUUUCGAACUGGAAGGAUGGUCCGGAAGGCAUUCAGCGAAAUUCUCAACAAAGAAAUUCAAUUGUUGCCGGAAACCUACCGGGCCCAACUGGCAACCGUUUAGGAAACACUGGCCCAAUCAAACCGGAUAACCUGUGGGGUCAAAAUAACGCUGGUGGUCGUGGCGGAGCUGGCUGGGAUGAAUCUUCUGGCAAUAAUUGGGACGAUAAAAAUUCUGGAUCAUUGUGGAAUGAAAAUGCAUCCGCUGCCGGUUGGAACAAACCUAAACAAAUGGCACCCAACUGGAACGAGCCAACUUCGGACAUGGGCUCCGAAUGGGGAAUGCACAAUAAUGUUAUGAGCAAGCCACCCAACAAGAUUAAUCCAUUGGAAAUUAUCAGAAGCAGCAAACACUACCGAAUGCUUUGUGAAAUGGGCUUCAAAAAAGAAGAAGUUGAAACAGUUCUUCGUAUUUGCAAUAUGAAUCUUGAAGAAUCCAUUGAGAUGCUACAAAGGAAUGGUUCUUCUGCUGAUUGGCGACGACAGGAUGAUCACGGGCCUGGUUUUGGUGGUCAAUUUGGAGAUAGAUUCUCAUCCGGUGGAAAUUCAGCUUUGCCGUUCCCUCAACCCAAUCAGAACCCACUAAGCGGUUUUGGUGGAAAUCCUAAUAUCAAUUCAUUCAACAACAUGAAGUUUGGUGCUGGCAAUGGUGGCCCUAAUGGGGCCAUAAAUGGUCCGUUCGGACAACCUCCAGCAGCGCUCAAUCAGAAUGCACAAUCUCAACCCUCGACACAACAGCUUCGUAUGUUAGUCCAGCAGAUACAAAUGGCCGUACAACAUGGUUACUUAAAUCAUCAAAUUCUCAAUCAGCCACUGGCACCACAAACUUUAUUAUUGUUGAACCAAAUGUUGAAUCAUAUCAAGCAAUUACAAGUUAUGCAAAGCAAUCUAAACCGAAGUGGUGGGGGUGGUGCUAAUGCUGUACAAAUUUCUCUUGGAAUCAAUAAGCUCAAAUCGCAAAUCGGUAAUCUGCAAAACCAGAUAACCGCCCAGCAAACGAUUUAUGUCAAACAACAACAGCAACAAAAUAAUCCGAACGCAGUUCCAGGCGGUGGCCAUCCAGCAAAUGACUUGUUCCGUACGCCUAACGACCUCUCCGGGUUGCCGGGCACGUUCUCUGACAUGUCGUUGAAAGAUAACGGCAAUCCGUUCCCAUCGACUGGAAGCACUAGUCAGCAAUCUCGAUUGAACCAAUGGAAGCUUCCAGCGACCCCAGUAGCUGAUAAGGACUCAGAUCUCACCGAUUUCCCUCGAGCCCCUGGAACAAGCUCAAAACCUGCUGGACUGGGUGUAAUGGAUGACGGUACUUGGUCUAAUGGUCGAUCAAAUACCGGUGAUGGUUGGCCGGAUUCUAACACUCAUGACAAAGAUUGGGCUGGUAAUGCGGAUGCAUUUACUGAUUUGGUGCCAGAAUUUGAACCGGGUAAACCAUGGAAGGGCACUCAAACAACUCGUAUUGAAGAUGAUCCUACCAUAACACCAGGAAGUGUUGCACGUUCUCCACUCUCCAUAGCAGCUGCCAAAGAAUCGAAUUUAUUUGCCAAUAGCAAUAAUAACAAUAAUAUUAACAAUAACGCAACCAAUAGCAAAUCCUCGCCGACUGAAUCUAUUUCGUCCUCAACCUGGAGUUACAACCCAAAUAACACUCAUGGUGGAUUUGGUGGUUCUAAACUGUCGAAAAAUCCUUGGCCUGAUAGCAUAGUUCCUCCUUCAGACUUGUGGGAUAAUCCACUAGGUAAGAGUCGCGUAGGUCCACCUGGUUUGAAGACAGCUGGUGGUAAAUUAGAUUCCAAUGGAUGGUCAUCACACUCAGCUGGCAGUGGAGCAGCUGGCUGGAAUAGUGGAGCUGCAACGUGGUCAUCAACAUGGAUAUUGCUCAAAAACCUAUCGGCACAGAUCGAUGGUCCAACGCUACGAACCUUGUGCAUACAGCACGGUCCAUUACUAGCCUUCCACUUGUAUCUCAAUCAUGGCAUUGCCUUGUGUAAAUACUCGACACGUGAAGAAGCGAAUAAGGCACAAAUGGCGCUGAACAAUUGCAUGCUGGGCAGCACUACAAUCUGCGCAGAAACACCAACUGAAAGUGACGUGCAAAACAUUUUACAACACCUGGGACCACCCAAUGGUACUAACGGCCUCACCGGCAGUCAAUCCGGUGGCCAAAACUGGCGUCUCGGAGCAGCAGCCCAAUCACAGUCCGUGCGCACCCCAGCUGCUGAUGCCUGGGGUUCGGCUUGGCCCACUACUGGAGCUGGAUCAAAUCUGUGGGGCCCGCUGGAAGGUCCAUCCGAUCGAGCGACACCUGCUAAUUUAAAUUCCUACUUACCCGAGAGCUUACUUGGCACCGAUUUGAACUAAAUCGAAAAUCAAAAAGAUGCACUUUUGAAACACGAACAUAGUUAGCUAGAAGGAAAAAGUGAGCCAAGUCUGCAUAGGAUAGAUCGAAUUUUGUUGGACAUCAAUGAACGACGGUAGCUGAAGGCCUGGGUUUAUAAAUGAAGUGUCUUUUCAUAGUCAGCGGUUUCGCCUGGCGUAGUAUUAAGGUGUUGUGAAUGUUUUUAUCAUUUUUAAUAAAAGCGAUAUACAAUUAAUAUAUAUUUAAAACAAACAAAUGUGAGGAUAACAGAAAACAAAACUGAAGCAACACGAACACACAAAACACUUCAAGUCAAAGUAACGUCUAGUUAUAUGUUUCAAAAUGUUAAGUUUUACAGUUGUAAAUUAAUUUCAUGAGUGAGAGGUUCUGAACCCUCCGAACACAAAGCAUGCAAAUCCUAUUACAUUUAGGUUGCUUUAGAUAUAAGGCAGAGAAUAAUCUGCUGUAUUUGGAUUUUGUGUACUUGCAGCAUUCAUUUCCACCGUUUUGUACAAAACAAAAACUAAAGAACAUGAGAUGGUGAGAUUCGUGCAUAUUAAUUUCGUCUAAAAGUCACACUGAAUGAUGCACAUUUUGUAGGUGAAAGCAAUUUAUAAGAAAAUCAAAUGUGGUAUUAGACUUUAGAUUGACGUAAGCAGCAAGUCUGUAAAAAUAAUGGAAAAAAACUUUACUAAUGCUAAGAAAGACAAAGAAAAUAUCGUUUGUUACUUUAAGCAACAUGUGUGAGAAGACAAUUAACACAAAAACCUGUUGUAACAUUACUAAAUGAUAGGACCUAAUUCGGUUUGUUCGAACCUGAAAACGCUUUUCAACGAACGCCAUUUAAAACAAAAGCUUUCAAAUUUAAGAGUAUUGUUAACGGUAACGUUACUUGCUAGUACUGCAACUAUUAUUACUAUUAUUAUUUUGUAAGUUUUCUGGUAGUAUCAAGACAUUAUCAUGCUUAAACUAAGAACAUCCUCAAAGACAAGGAAUAACGCGGAGUCAAAACGCGAAAGAAAAACAGCAUAUUUUCCUCAUUUUAUUAUUAUUUUAAAGAGGUGUAGAAAAUUAUUGGUUGUAUUAUUUAUUGAAAUAUGUAUUUUUAUUUUCGUUUUAAUAAUGUUAUCUUUGUACAGAUCAGGUAAUCUGAGAAUACAUUUUGUUCAUUGACAUUAAUAAACCAGCUGUACAAUGCGAACAUUAUUGAUGAAAUCAAAGUGAUAAUGUUCCACUUCAAACACUCGCCCCCCAACCAACGAUUUUUAUUCUCAGCGUCCAUUGUAGUCCGUCAAUUGUUUGGCAAAGCGUGACGCUAAACAAAUCAAAAUCAGCAAUUUGGUAUGUGUAUUGCAAUUAUAUGGUAAGUGGCAGAAAUCAAAGGCAUAAAAUAAAUUCGUUACUGAUAUUAGUCAAUGUGCUUACAAGAAGAGUACGUACGUACAAGCAAACGCAUAGGGCAUCUUUAAUCCGAAGAAAGAAAUGAUUUCUUCCUUGUAGUUGAUUAACGUUAUUGGCUGAUAACGCCAGUAGAAAUAAUUUAAUCUUAUCGCGCCUUCCUUUGCCCGGUGAAUCCUAGCCGGCUUUGAGACUAUUAGCAUCACGCGACUCAAAUCAAUAGAAUGUGCACACCUCAUAAAGGACAGGGUUGCGGUACAUCUGUAAGAAACUCACAACCACGGUACUCACCAAUUGCUCAAUUUACCAAGCGCGGAUAUAUGGUUUAUUUUUUUUUAAUUUCUCCAUCAGACUCUAAUUAUCCUUGAAAUGUUGUAUUCGAAUCAUUGUGGUAAUUAUUUUUCGUUUUUGCAACAUUAUUUACUCGAAGCUCUAAACAUUCAAUAUUUUAUAUAAUAAGUUUUUCAGAUUACUGUUUGACGAUAAAUAUUUGUUUGGAACGUCAGUUGCUGUUACGCCAUUAGACGCUUAAAACUGCCAUUUUUUCCAGUGCACACGUGAUUGAAAAAUUGUAACGAUCUAUAAGUGAUACGCCUUAGAUUUGACAAUAGACGAUACAUUAUAGAGAGACGAGAAAAAUGAAAUUUCUUCAAUUGAUUACGAACGUUGCAGACAGUAAUAUGCAAUAAUGAGGAUGUAUUCGAUUUACCUAUUCCGAUAUCUUAAAUGAUAAUGAAUGGGUUUGAGUCAACCUUCCUCUGAAAAACAAAUCUAAGUUGUGUCACUAAGUUUCAAUGUAAUGAAGACCUAGUCUUCAAAUAAUACAUAAAAUUGCAAUAUGAUGCAAUACUAAAUUGUGAUACUUUCCCAUUGAAUAACAUGUUAAACACUAAAUUAUAGACAAAAAACAUCUUCCAUUGUUUUACCAAAUCUUGCAAAUGGAAACGCUUUAUAGUUUAUCGAUAGUUAUAAUUUAUACUCUGAACUUAUUAUGUGCCAAAACGUUAACUGUGUCCAAACAAAUCCGUGCUAAUAAAAAGUGAGUAAUUCUGUGAGUUGUGAGUCGAUCAGGCGUUUUUUACCCUUCCUAUAGGAGUGUUUUUGCUUGCCAUUCACAUUGUAUUCCAAAUGAUAACAAUAUAACAUUUCAAACGAUGAAACACAUUAAAACUGAAACAAUGAUUACCCUUAAAACUUAGCCUCUGUAAACAAUAAGUUAAAUUAUUAGUAAACACUAAGAAAGUGAUUAACAAAGUUUUCAGAUUGUCAAAAUCGGGGUCCUUUUUGAGUUUACUGUCUUGUGAUACUAACUAAAACAAAUAUAGGUUUGAAACCAAACUCCAAAGUUAUUUUCCGUUUCCUAAUAUUAAUGUUUGAAUCGUAACGACUCUACUAUUGUUUGUGCGAAACAGAUCAUCAAUUCGCGUAGCAUUGCAUUGGGGUAAAAGUUUCAAAAACAUUUUGUCAGAAAAAAAAGUCAUCUCGUGAUGAUUUGUCACGGUACGGUUUUCUGUAACAACUUGUGAUCCACCGCAAAAUGUUGUACGGUCAUAAAAGCAGAUCUGUUUUUUUGACCGUUGAAAACCUUAACCGUAAUGGAAAUGGUUAGUCUUAGAUGUAAGUAUAAUGAAGCUCUUUCCAGUGUGUCACCAAUAUUUUUUUUUAUUUGAUUGUUAAACAUUUAAGGUUAUGUACCUACAUUCUUCCAAGUCAGCACAUCGAUACGCUAGUUUUGGUUGUUUUUGCUCACAAUUACACGUUAUUGUUUUGCCCUACUAUUAAGAAAUAAAAAAAAACUCAGAUAUACCAGUUCACGAAAACAUAGCUUUAAGAUUUCAAAAUAUGGAAACAUAACACAUAAAAAAUGCAUCCAUAGAAUUUAAGCAAAGCCAAGUGUGUGCUAAAACCUAGAGAUAACAAAUAUUGAUAUCGGUUAUUUUUUCCAAUGAAAAAAAAAAAAGAAUUACAGAAGAUCUGGUACCAUGAAGUACUUGAAAUCAAAGGCAACUUUUUUUGAUUAGAGCACAUACGUUUUUCGCUUCACAGAUACAGAAUAGCUGUAUUCAAUCACACACCCUCGUGAAGAUAAUAUGUUUCCACAUUCAAAAGCGCUAAUCACGCAAAUAAAUUAUUGAGAACAAAACAUUUGGAUUAGAAAAAAGUCUAAUGUAGCACGGGCUUAUGCGCAUUUCAAAUGGUGGUUCGAUAAAUAUGGAAGUUUCCGUCAAAUUGAUCGUAAAUCUAUAAAAAAAUGCAUCUAGAUCAUUCCCUCUGUACGUUAUUGGCAACUACAUGUCAUUAACAAUCGACUUUUAUGUUUUUCCAACAUUAUCAUCACAAACAGUGGCUACAGUUGACCUUUUUAAAUACGCCGAAUUUUACAGGCCAUAAGAAGAGCCACAAGUAUUGCUAUUUUUUCAAAUAAAAUAAUUAGGCAUCGUUCAAUAGGCAAGUUGGCCGUUUAAAAUGACACUCUUAAUAGACCUUUUUUAACUUUUCUGGUCAAAACCCUAAAAUUUAGACCAAUCUGAUAUAUAAAAUGGCCGCCUUAAACGUACUACCACGCAUAAUUCAAGGACGAAGUGUCUGAUUUGAAUUGUCAAUGUUUUGUGUAGUUCGGCUUAUUACUCAAUGUAGUAUAAGUUGGUAUGCCUGGUUGCUUAUAACUUUGGAGGUGAUAAUCAUGUUCUCAUUUCUUAUUCGAAUUUACUGUUUCUUGUAUCAAACCAAAAAUGUUUUUACAUGUACAUGUUUGAUAUUGUAUCGAAAGACAUAUUUGCAAAAACCAGACAAAUUCAAAUGCCUGUGAAAGUAUGUUCUUGUUCAGUAUCAGAAUUGCUAGAACUGUUGGCAAGAAAUGUGUUUAGCUAAAUAUGGUAACGGUCUAGUGAUCAGCAAAUAUUUUUUUUUAGUUUUAUUUUUAUUCUUUUGAUGUAAUGGGGCGUAUUGUUAAAUCUUUUUCUAUAUUCCUUAUACUAUAUUGCCCUCUCUUUGUAUAACUGUGUCAUGUUCUAUGGCAUUUCUUAAAUUGAGAAAGGCGGUGCAUAAUGAGAAUAUCAAACAUUUGGUCACGAACAGCAGUUUAGUAUCAAUGUAUUUUUCCAUCACACACUUCUAUAACAUUUAAUGAUUACGUACUACCAAAUGAAAUCGUAAAAAAAAUGUUUGACAUUGUAAAAUUCCACAUUCUUCGAAGUAUUGUGGAGAUAUAUGAGAUUUCCGGUCAUGCAUUUUUUAAAAACCCAGAAGGACUUUAGUUUUCAUGAUGAUAAAUUAUGAAUAAAAUUUCAUUUUUUUAUAU